GUGAUAGCGGCGAUCCUCACGGUGACGCCCAAGGCGCGGCUCUCAGAACUGGUUCUGGCGAAAGCCAUUCUUGAGUUCUACGACGCGCAGAAGCUUGCCCCGUCCGGGAUAAGCCAGCAGGCCCUGGCGAAGUGGGCAAGUCGAAUGGCCUACGGCGCGCGCAAAGUCUGCCAGAAGUUUAAGCGACUGGUGUACGUAACGUCUCCGGCAGCUGUGCCGGGCUGCCUUGAGGUGUUCGACCCGUGGGCAGUGCUUAAGCAGAAGAUCGAGGCGCUCAAGACGCAACCUGCGCAGCCUGUGCACGCGCAACCUCGCCAGCAGGCGCUCAAGCCUGAAAAGGGGCCACGCACUGGCAGCCCUGGCCGCCACAGUGUGCCCGAGCAUGUCCUAAGUGCUCUGAGCAAGCUCAGCUGCUCGCUGCCGCCUGCCGAGCCCGUCAGCACGGCGCCCGAGGGCAAACGCAAGGCCAAGUCGCCUGCCAAGCCCGCAGUGCCCAAAGCUGCAACCAAGCCACCUGCAAAGAAGGCGGCCCAGAAGCAGAAGAAGUCUGCGGCGGCCAAGCUCAAGGCCGACGAGGACCUCGAGAAGCAGUUGGGCCUUGCUGCAGCCGGGGAAGCUGUCUACAAACCCAAAGAGUUCCAGCAGCUCAAGUCGGCUUUUGUGAGUCGACGCCGGUCCGCUGGCAACACCUUCGCAGAGGCCACGAAGGCGUGGAUGCUCAGCUCGGAACGGGCGCUGUUUCUCACAACCUUGAGCGAGAAAGAGCUCAAGCGGCGGCGCUUUGCCUGA